AGAACGAACGAGAGGAAUCACUUUCGCAAGGUUGAGAAUUGAAUUGAAUUGAAUUGAGUGAGUGUCCUCGAAAUCGCAAGCAAUAUCUUCAACUCUAUCUAUCUCCAACAAACUCUUCACUCCAACAAAAAUGGCGACGAAGCUUCAAAUAUUUACACAAUUACCCUCCGCACCACUUCAAUCUUCUUCUUCUUCCUCUUCUCUCAGAAAGCCUCUCGCCACUUCCUUCUUCGGCACCAGACCAGCAAACACCGUGAAAUUUAGAGGGAUGAGGAUUGCGAAGCCUGUUCGAGGCGGAGGAGCGAUUGGUGCCGGCAUGAACUUAUUUGAAAGAUUUACGAGAGUCGUGAAGUCAUACGCAAAUGCUAUUGUAAGUUCGUUUGAGGAUCCCGAGAAAAUUUUGGAGCAAGCUGUGCUUGAAAUGAACGAUGAUUUGACUAAAAUGCGCCAAGCUACAGCACAAGUGUUGGCAUCUCAAAAACGGAUGGAAAAUAAAUACAAGGCUGCAACGCAAGCUUCUGAAGAGUGGUAUCGUAAAGCACAACUUGCUCUUCAGAAAGGUGAAGAAGAUCUUGCUCGUGAAGCACUUAAGCGGCGUAAAUCUUUUGCAGAUAAUGCCAGUGCUUUGAAAGCUCAACUUGAUCAGCAAAAGGGUGUAGUUGACAGUCUUGUCUCAAAUACACGGCUUUUGGAGAGUAAAAUUCAGGAGGCGAGGUCGAAGAAGGAUACUCUAAAAGCCAGAGCUCAAUCUGCAAAGACUUCAACCAAGGUGAGUGAGAUGCUGGGAAAUGUCAAUACAAGUGGCGCCCUUUCCGCUUUUGAAAAAAUGGAAGAGAAAGUGAUGACAAUGGAGUCCCAAGCUGAAGCUCUGGGUCAGUUGACAAGUGAUGAUCUUGAAGGGAAGUUUGCAAUGCUUGAGAGCUCAUCCGUUGAUGAUGACCUUGCAAAUUUGAAGAAAGAAUUAUCUGGUAGCUCAAAGAAAGGAGAGCUUCCUCCUGGAAGAAGUAGCACCAGGACUGGAACUCCAUUUCGAGAUGCUGAUAUUGAGACGGAACUUGAGCAACUGAGACAAAGAUCAAAGGAGUUUUAAAGUAUGGAAAUUUUGUCAUUAUUGUAUGCUUGAAUUCAGUACUUUAUUCACAUAUCAACAUUGUACAGCUAAAGGCCAGUCAUGAUAAUAUUAUUUGACUUGUGGCCAAAUUUGGAUAAAAAAAAUGGAACAUAUUAGCUGUGUGUUCUGAUAACUCAAGUUACACUUA